AUGCAGUAUUCUGCUGUAAAGUGGCGUGACAACAAAUUUGUAACAUUCCUGAGCAAUUUUGUGGGAGCAAAUCCAAUGACUGAAGCAGAAAUAUUUGACAAGAAGUUGAAGAAGUCAGUCAAGGUGUCUUGUCCCAAGCCAGUAGUAGAGUGUAAUCAGUUCAUAGGAGGUGUAGAUCUUGUGGAUUCAGUUCUAGCAUUGUAUAGGAUCCAGAUACGUUCCAAAAAAUGGUAUCACAGAAUAUUUUUUCAUGUUCUAGACCUGAUUAUAGUGAAUGCUUGGUUUCUUUACAGAAGAGAUGCACUAUCAAGUGGAAUGCAUUGGAAAAGCAUGCUUGCUUUAGCAGAGUUCAAGAAGGUCAUAGGUAGAUGUUUGUUGUUCCAGGGGAAAAGUGAGGCAAGAAAGCAAGAAAAACCUAAAAGUAAUUCCAUUGAGAGAGCCUACAUGGCGAAGAAGAAGAAAGGACCAACAGCUGCACUGGCUGGAAAAGAUAUGCGGCUAGAUGGCUUAGGACAUUUGCCUAUUAUGGAUGUCAAAGGAAGGCGCAAAGUUCUAUCAUGCAAUGGAAUUGUGGGAAUGAAGUGUUGA